AUGCACGCACAGUCCCCCACGCCUUCUCAACAGCUACACAUCGAGUCUACGAGCCCCGCCGAGCCCACCUUCGAAAGCCAGCAUGGAGAGCAACGAGGCGCGAGUCCAGUCGAUGGCGGUGGAGGCGUUAGCCUUGUCAACCAUGCGCCCGACACUAGUACGCCUAGGCGACUGAGUCUUGCCCACAACACCUUCUCAGCUUCGCGCAAUCGCAUUGCUGAAUACGAAAACGCCUCUUCAACCGCCUCACCAUCCAGGAAGAAGUCAGAGGGUCCGGCCUUCGCUGUCAUAAAGAAACCGAGAAAGCCUGGCGAUAAGCACUCGCCCAUUGCUGACUUGCCCAACGAGAUCUUGACUCAUGCCCUUGCACACCUCUCUCCUCAGGACCUGUCUGCUGUUUCGCUCGUCUCGCGCCGCUUCCACGAUCUAGUCACUACUCCUCACGCCUGGAGGACUGCCUUUUCACGCUAUUUCCCUGGACCCGACUCCCUCGAUCCCAAUGCCUAUCAUGACGAAGACGAUUUGGAUGACCGUCUUCGCAUCGAACGGCGCGCAUUCACUCGCGUUACUGCUCUUGCUUCCUGGCGAAGCGAGUACAUCCUUCGCACUCGCUUGUUGCGUUCCCUCGCUCGUGGCAAACCAGUCCAACCGCCUGCUUCUCCAGCUCAAGCUCGUCUAGGCCAGCCUCCAGUCGCAUCGCCCAUCGUUGUCUACCCUUCACAGAUGUUCACGACUGUCAACCAUCUACACGCUACCUUUGGUGGUACUGCUCUGAACAAGAGACCUCCCCGUUUCAUUCAUGGCGCUGACGACGUGGGUACUGCCGGAAGCAGUGAUCCAACCCUUGAAAAAGCCGAUUCGUGGGGGCUAGGCGAUCCGAACACCUUCCUUCAGUUUUCUGACCGCUUCCCUGGCGACGCCAUGUACGGUCUUGGCCCUGGAAACAUCGUAGGCGUACCAAAUUCCAUGGAUGUCAGUCAGCCGUAUGGCAUGAUUCAUGGUGAAGGCUCUCCUGGUGGAUUUGUUUACUAUAGGUAUAUUGAGGAGAUGCGUGGCCACUUCUUAAAACCCUCAAGCGGCAUCUCUAUUCCGGCUUUAGGCAUCCCGCAGUUGUUGCCUAUCCAAGAAUCCAUCUGCAGUGUCUGGAUCGCCAAGUCUUCCACUAUCCCUUCUCUGACCGACGGUCUGGUGGGACUCAUCUCUGGUUCUUCUCUCGGUGUCCUCACAACAUAUAGUCUUGGCCCUCUUGGAACUCGAGAUCAACGCUUUGGUCGAGGUGAGGUCACAGCGCGUUGGGUGGUCAGUCCUGGAGUACCCAUAAUCGCCAUUGCGGUCGACGAACAAUACUCAGUCAGGCGUCAAGGAGAGAACAGGAUUUGGGCGGUUGUGCUUAACGCUCUGGGCGAGCUCUUCUACUUGACCAAGCUCCCAAAACGUAACAACGACGAUAAGCCUGCAGGAUCAGACGAUGAGGCCAAGGAGCGCCUGGCCUGGUCGACUGGAAGAUCUGUAUAUUGGAAUCUCGUGGAGUCAAGCAGACGCACAGCCCGCCCGAAUCCUUACAGUGACUCUCAUGUAGACGGCAGCUAUUCUCCUCGCACCUCGUGGAAUGGCAUGUACCUGAGCGAGGAGCAGAUCAAAGCUGAGACAUACGAGAUCGAAGACUUCAUUAAUCGUAAGCCUAAGGACUUCCAAAGAACUUGUCUGGGUUGGAACAUGCGAAGGUUACUCGAGGUCGACUUUGCAGGGGAUGAUGGCAACCAGGCGGGAGAAGCUAUUUUCGUGUUCGAAACUGGCCUCGACGAGGAGUCUACUGCUUCAGCCAAACGGUUCGUUCGAUUCAACAUUGCCAAUACAAACAGCUCGGAUGCCAGAACGAACGAGCUACGAUCCGCAUCGCCUUCGACACCUCCUGAGCCGAGGUCUCUCUUUGGCGGCCCAGCGUCCCCUCGAUCAGCAUCUAAGGGCGAAUUGGAUUAUGGUCUAUCGUUGUCAAGCGUGCAAGAUCUCGAGCAAGGCAAGAAGAACAGACGCUCGACAGAGGAGUGGAGGCUUUCUGGCCUGUCCUUUGGUGGACUCAAAGCAGUACAGAUCUCAGCGCACGCUAUCGAUGGCUCAACCUUUGCGACUCUCACGGCCUCAGAAGACCCACUCCUGAACUUUUCCGGUCAGUCGACAGUGUCUUCGCCUAGUAUGACACCUCUGUACAAAUCCGGCACGCCGUCCUCGCCUGCAGAUGUUCCUGGGCAGCGAGCUCGUUUCGUUGCUGUAGGUACCUUGAUGGGCAGCGUCUUGGUCUGGAAUGCAAGAGCGUCGCUGCCUACUUCGGCCGAUGCUGUCAACACCCUGCAGCCAAUACGCAUCAUCCAUACCGAAUCACCUGAAAUUUCUUGUAUCGCCUUGUCGUCCUUGUCUUUAUUCCAUGGCGGCAACGAUGGUCUUGUGCAAGCUUGGGACAUUUUGGCUUCCAGUCUUGGUCCAGUUCGCACUUUGAACUCGCGCUUCACGUCACGGGCAAGGCGCAGGCUGGUGCAAGCUCAAGCAUCCGUUCAAGGCGUGGGUAUCAACUUGUUCGCAGCAGGAGCCAUCUGCCUUGACCCCGACCCUACAGUCCUGCGUGGUAUGGUGUCGAUCGGAACACACUUACUUUACUGGAGCUUCAGCUCGUCCGCAGCAGAUCAAUACAAGUCACACAAACGCCGACUAAGGAGAGCAGAUCGAGGUAUCAACGUAGCCAACGAUCGUUUCGCCAAUGCCGGCAGGGGCAACAUGAGAGGUUUCAUCGCGAAUGAACAGUUCGAACUCGAAAGAGAGAGUGCACAAGAAGCUAGGCAAGCGGAGCAUCUAGCCGGGAGAUUCGGCACGGAACUACUAGGAAGUGAUGCAAGCGAGGAAGAGCUCCUAGCCUACGCCCAAAUGCUCAGUGAAGAAGCUCUCGCAAAGGAUCAAGAGAAGCAGAUUUCCGAGCCUUCCAACAACCACAAAGCAGCCAUAGCCACGCCAACAGAGGACCUCGAUAUGGAUCCAGAGAUAGCAGAGGCAAUUCGACUCAGUCUCGCCGAGGAAGAAGCCAAAUGCUUACAGCAGCAAGAGCAAGCCGAGUAUGAAGCGUCUCGACAGCAAGAGGCGGCAGAAGGCAGCAACAGCAGAGAACUAACAGACCUCGAGUUCGCUUUGCAACUCAGUCUUGCCGAGGAGCAGAGUAGACUCGAAGCUGAAGCUGAAGCGCAGGAAGACUUUCCUGCUUUGUCGAUACGUACAGACAAGGGCAAGGGCAAGGGUAAGCAACAAAGGUUCGAUAGAAAUUAG